CCAGACAGCCUGCCUCUCUGAACUGAGCUGACAGCAUGAAGGCUCUCCCAGCUCUGCCUCUGCUGCUGCUGCUGCUCUCUACACCUCCCUGUGCCCCCCAGGCCUCCGGGAUCCGGGGAGAUGCUCUGGAGAAGGCCUGCCUUCCGCAGCCCCUGGACUGUGAUGAUAUCUACGCUCAGGGCUACCAGGCAGAUGGCGUGUACCUCAUCUACCCCUCUGGCCCCAGUGUGCCAGUGCCUGUCUUUUGUGACAUGACAACUGAGGGUGGCAAGUGGACGGUUUUCCAGAAAAGAUUCAACGGCUCAGUGAGUUUCUUCCGGGGUUGGAACGACUACAAGCUGGGCUUUGGCCGUGCUGACGGGGAGUACUGGCUGGGUAAGGUGGGGCCACGGGGUAGGGGCUGCCCCUCAGCCAAGUCUUUGCUGACCAGCCUCUCCCCUCCCCUAGGGCUGCAGAACCUGCACCUCCUGACACUGAAGCAGAAGUAUGAGCUGAGGGUGGACUUGGAAGAUUUUGAGAACAACACAGCCUAUGCCAAGUAUAUUGACUUCUCCAUCUCCCCCAACGCAGUCAGCGCUGAGGAGGAUGGCUAUUCCCUCUAUGUGGCUGGCUUUGAGGAUGGCGGGGCAGGCGACUCCCUGUCCUACCACAGUGGCCAGAAGUUCUCCACCUUCGACCGAGACCAGGACCUCUUCGUGCAGAACUGUGCAGCCCUCUCCUCAGGGGCCUUCUGGUUCAGAAGCUGCCAUUUUGCCAAUCUCAAUGGCUUCUACCUGGGUGGCUCCCACCUCUCUUAUGCCAACGGCAUCAACUGGGCCCAGUGGAAAGGCUUCUACUACUCCCUCAAGCGCACUGAGAUGAAAAUUCGUCGGGCCUGAGGGGCUGGCCCAGGCAGGCCCUAUCUCUCCCCUGGAAGACCCAAGUCUCCAUGCUGUACCCAUAAGACACUGCUUCUACUGCUUUCUGAGCACCAGCAAUGCCCUGGCAAAUCCCUGUCCCAUGUCUGGGGUAACCAUUCCUAAGUCAGGCCCUGCUUGCCUUUCUGAGGCUAGGCUGUCAGCAGGCCUUUCUGUGGCCCAGCCAUUCCAGCCUGGUCUAGCAGAACUCUACAAAAACUCCAACUUGCUCCUACUCCCUCCAGACAGCCGAAAGCUGUAAGCUACCUGCUGGCUGGCAGCGGGCACACUCCUUCGCGCUCCACCUCAGGCUGUCUCUUUACUGAGACCCACCUGUUUGGGGCUACUCUAGACAGAGUAAGGCAGCACCUAUGGCACUCGCCAGCCAGCGCUCCACCAUCACACUUCCCACUCCCGGUCUCCCCCUCUCCAACUUACUCCCUUAGUUAGAGUGAGCACCAUGGAGCCCAACCCCACUUGCUGCCUAGUUCUUCAAAGUUCGAUGCCAAAACAAUAUUCACCACAGCAACAACUCACCAACCCUGAAGUAGCCACUGGCAAGAUGGCAUGUUAACUAGGUCCCGUUUGCCCAGCGAUUGUCAUGAAAGGCAGCAAAGAACAAUCUGUGGGAGUGGGAGUGGGAGGGAAGUGGAGGUCUCAAUAAACCUUCAGGAUCUGAUGGAC